UCUGCUUCGCCCACGACGCCUGGCCGCCAGCAGGCCCCGCCGACCACCCCGCGGCCGCGUGGGCUCAAUCUGUGCCCCGGAGCCCGCGGAGUACCCCGCCAGGGCACCUUAGGACCGAUUCUUCGGCUCCGGCCCCGCAGCUCACGAUGGCGGGCUGGGCGCCCCCCCAGGGCCGCUUGGGACCGACAUCUCGGGCCGGACGAAAGGCCAGCGCUGCGUCGGACAAGUGCGGCUGCGCGGGCGCGGUGCUGAGGCUCCUGCGCGCGGGAGAUAAAGCCGGAGCAAACCGCGCCCUGGACGCCGCGGCAGGCGAGGCGCAUUGCGCCGCGUGCCACAACAAGGUGUUCUACCACUCGCUCAUCCACGCCUGCGCCAGGGACGGGGGCCCCGCGGCAGCUGGCUGGAUCGUCCAGCGCAUGGUGAGCGACGGGUUCCGCCCCAACGCGGUCACGUUCAACUCCUUAAUCGACGCGUGUGCCAAGGCGGCCGACGUCCCUCUGGCGACCCAUUACUUCAACGCCAUGGGACAGGCGGGCGUGGAGCCCAACCUGAUCACGUACAACACCCUCCUCGGCGCGUGUGCCCGCGCCCGCGACGACGCCAAUGCCGAGAUUUGGAUGGGCAAGAUGGUCGACGCCGGCAUCCCGCCCUGCAAGACGUCCUUCAGCACGCUCUUCGACGCGCUCGCCAAGAGCGGCAAGAUCGGCCGGGCCGAGGCCUGGUUCGCGAGGAUGCCGGGCUUCGGCGUGCGCCCGGAUGCCAUCAUGCUGAACUCGCUCAUCAACGCCUGUGCCAAGGCCACGGAUCCCGGCAGGGCGGAGCACUGGCUGCAGCAGCUGCGGGAGAGCGGCCUGCAGCCGGACGAGAAGUCGUACAACAGCGUCAUCAACGCCUGCGCCAGGGCCGGGCUCGUCGACAGGGCCGAGUACUGGCUGCAGCGCAUGUAUGAGGUGGGGCUCAACAUCGACACGGUCACCUUCGGCUCCGUCAUCCACGCCAACGCCAAUGUGGGCGACGUGGAGCGUGCUGCAGACUGGUUUCAGGAGAUGGUCCGGUGCGGUGUGGCGCCGAGCGUCGUCUGCUUCAACACGAUGCUGCACUGCUGCUGCAAGCGGCACGACCACACGGCCGCCGCGCAGUGGUUCGACCGCAUGGUCGCCUCGGGCGUCAGGCCGAACGCGGUCUCCUUCAACUCGCUAGUGGAAGUCCACGCCACGAACCUGGGCUCCGAGUCCGCUCAGGUGUGGCUGGAGAGGAUGGUCCGCGCUGGCAUCGCGCCGGACAAUUGCACCCUGACCAUCUCUAUCCUGCGCCGGGCCUUUGGGGCCGCGUGCGAGGACAGCGGCAGCACCAGCGCCGCCGCGCACCUGCAACGUCUCGCCUGCGACCUCGUUGCGAACACCUACCAGCGGCUGGGCGACCGUCAGGGGUACCGGGCCUGGAAGGAGAAGGGGCCGCAGGCGCCCGGCGCGGCCGCCCGCGCGAGUCCGCGCAGCCCCGCGGGCCAGGAGCGGGGGCGCCCAGCCGAGGCCCCGGCCGCCAGCCAGCACCUGCCGCUCGGGCCGCUGCGCAGCGCCCCGUGCCCGCAGCGGGAAGAGCAGCCGCGGGGCGCCGCGCGCGGGCCGCCGGCGGCGGCGCCGCCGGGUAUCUUCGCGCCGCGGACGCCCCCGCCCACGGGCCUCGGCCUCAAGGGCGGCGGCGCGAAGCCCGCGGGCGGCGUGCGGGCCGCGCCGGCGGGGCUCUCGCUGGCUUCGACCGCGGCGUCCACUCCGCGCCCCUCGGAGGCUUCACAGGAGGGCGGUCGAGACAAAGGUGCUGGCACGAUCGGCGACGCCAUCGACAAGGCCAAGAAGGUCAAAGCCAAGGGGAAGGCGAAGGCCGUGGCGAAGCGGGUGCGGUUCGCCUCGGACGGGCCUGGCCCGUCCGCCGCCGCGGCCACGCCGGCGCCGUGGGCGCAGGGCGCGGCCAAGCAGGCGACCGCGGAGAAGCCCAGCAGCGGCGGCGGCAAGGACGAGGAGGUCCGCCUGGCCCUCCUCCGUCACGUCGGCCCCAGGGAGGGCUGGUCGGCGGCCCUGGUCCAGGACUUCGGGGCCCUGGUGCCCGAGGCCGACGUGCCGCCGCCUGCGAAGCCCUUGGCCGAGCUGUCUCUCCAGGCCCUCCUGGCCAGGGAGGCGAAGGUCAAGGGCCAGGUCGGCCGUGCCGAGGCCAUGCUGGCGGCGGCCAAGGAGGAGCAGGAGGCCGCCGCGGCGCGCGUGGCGGAGCAGGAGGACGUCCUCCAGAAGCGCCGUGACCAGCUGGAGGAGGUGGCCGAGGCGGUGCGCGCCAGGAAGCGCGCCGACCUGGCGCAACACACAGGCCCGUCGCCCAUGGAGGUGGGCGAGCCCGAGGAGACGGGCGACCUGGGCAAGGCGCUGUUCAAGAGCCUCGAGGGCCUCGAGGCGGAGCGGGAGCGGGUGCUGCAGCUCGGGGAGGACGGUGACGCCCUGCUCGCGAUGGCCGCGGAGGCCCGCUGUCUCGUGGAGAAGCUCGCUGCCGCCGACGCCCGCGCCCGCGAGGCAGCGGCGGCUGAGCGAGCCCGUGCGGCUGCUGCUGCCGCCGAGCGGGCCGCCGCCGCGCAGGAGGCCGCCCCCGCGGCCGCUGGCGAGGUGGAUGGCGCUGCUGGUCCUCCUGGAGACCUCAAGCGCGUCGGUGACCUCGGCCUGGGCCCAGAGCUCGACGGGCUCGAUGCCUUGUUCGACGAGGUCGGCAUGGAGGACGAGCAGCAGCGGGAGGCCCGGCGCGCAGCGCUGGCCAAGCGCGGCGGACGUGGUGGAACCGCGUGGGGCUCCGCGCAAUCGCUGGUCGAGCGGCUGCACGACGGCGUGGGGCGGCUGCCCGAGGUGCUCUGCCUCCAGGAGCACCGCUUCACGGGCAAGCAGGCGGUGGCCCGCGCUUCGGGCUGGAUGCAGGCGCGUGGCUUCAGCUGGCACGGCCAGGCUGCGAUGGCGACGGGCCCUGGGCCGCUGGAGAGCUCAGGAGGUGUGGCCGUGGCCGCGCUGCGGCCGUCUGCGGCAGUCGCGACGCCAGGGCUCCCAGCCCAUCGGUUCCAGGCGCGCGAGGUGAACCUGGGCAGGGCGACGGAGAACAUCGGGCUCAUGGCGGCGCUGCACGAGUACGUCGGGCAGCUGGAGUCGCCGUGGCUGGUGAUGGGCGACUGGAACACGGAGCCCGAGGACGUCCGUGAGUGGGCGCGCAGCUCGGGCGCUGCCCUCGUCGUCCCAGCGGAGCCGACCUGCGGCUCGAAGGUCUUCGACUUCGCAGUCGUCAGCAAGGUCCUCGCGGGCUUCGCGGAGACGGUGGAGGUGCUGCUGCAGGCGCCGACGAGGGACCACGCGCCGCUGAAGGUGGUGCUCCGUGGCGUGGGGCCAGCGGCGAGGGUGCAGCGGCCACUGUUCCCUGCCGCCUCCCCGCUGCCGCUUCCGCCGCCAGCGAGGCCAGCGCCGCGUGAGCGUGGGUUCUCGGCCUGGGGCCCAGGAAGUGAGCAGCCGCCCAAGGUGGGCUGCCAGGAGUGGUUCGAGGCGGCGGAGGCCUACCUGAUCGACCUCCACGGGAUCGUGCCGCCCAGCCGUUGGAAAGGGCGGGCUGGCGGGCUGCGCGCGCAGAAGGUCAAGAUGGAGGUGGCCUGGAAGCAGGACCUCAAGAGGAGUGUUGGCGCGGCGUGCAGACGCUGGAUGUCGUUUGCGGCGGCGUGCUCCCGCUGGCGCGCGCUGCAGGAGGCGGCGCCAGGAGGUCGCUGCGCGGCGCCGCUGCGCAAGCAGCGUCAGGUGCUGGAGGCGUUCGAGCUCGAGUGGCCUGAGGACGGCCCGCUCGCAGGGCUGUCGGUCGCCCGCGUCGUUGGCUUGCUCAGCACCUCAUCGCGCAAGCUGACGGUGCAGUUCGUCCGGGAGGAGGCGAAGCGGCGCUGGAUGCAGGACAAGCAGCGGAGGGCUGCUGAGUGGCGCGCCUGGGCCCAGGCUGCUGCCACCGAGAGGGGCGGCUCGGCGGCCUUCCGCUUCAUCAAGCAGGUCACGGUGCUGCCCACGGUGGUGCACGCGGGCGCAGACGGCGACGACGGCCCGCGCAUGCCUGCAGCAGGCGAGGCCGUGGUGGCUGCACUGCUGAAGGCGUGGCAGCCCCCCUGGAUCAAGCCGUCGCGUUCUGGCGAGGUGGCGCCUGAGGACUGGGACAUCCAGGAGUCGGUGCUGCCGCCGCUGGAGCUCGAGGAUCUGGAGCGGGUCCUGGGCACCUACCGCGAGGGGUGCGGCCUCGGCUGG